AGCAACUCAGGAAAAAGUUGCUAGGAAGUUCUCUGAACUGCAAAGUCAAGUGUAGGACCAGAAAAGUGACCCCUGACAGACAGGAAUAGAUCUGGGAACACCCAUGCUAUAUUGUCCACCCACAUGGCUUGCCGCAUCUGACAGUGUGAUGUCCCUUGGCAACUGUGAAAAGUGCUUCAGUUGCUUGAAACUGGAUAUUGUCAGUGUUUUAUUGACAUACUGAUUGCUUGGCUGGAUUUCGGCUUUGUUCUCUAAUUCUAAACAAGGUAAACCAUCAGAAUAAUAUGGUGCACACUGGAGAAUGUAAAUGGACUCAUAUGUUUCCUUUUCUCAUGGUGUCACUUGUUUAUUUUGCUAAUGCUGAAUAUUCUAACUGUGGGGAAAAUGAAUACUACAACCAGACUACUGGGAUGUGCCAUGAAUGUCCACAGUGUGAGCCAGGAGAAGAACCUUAUAUGACGUGUGGAUACGGCACCAGAGAUGAAGGCUACGGCUGUGUCCCUUGUCCAUCAGAGAAGUUUUCUAAAGGCGGGUACCAGAUAUGUAGGAGGCACAAGGACUGCGAGGGAUUCUUUCGGGCAACAGUGAUGACACCUGGCGAUCAAGAGAAUGAUGCAGAAUGUGGGCCUUGUCUCCCUGGUUACUACAUGCUAGAAAACAGGCCGCGGAAUAUCUAUGGGAUGGUUUGCUACUCCUGCUCGCUGGCACCUCCUAACACAAAAGAGUGUGCAGGUGUUACCUCUGGGGUGUCAGCCAGUUUUCCAAGUACUUCUGGAACAAGUACCCAUUCUCCUUUUCAGCCUGUGCACAAAGGUAAGAAAGGAGACCUUUCUGGUCAAGGACAUCUCGCUACUGCUCUUAUCAUCGCAAUGUCGACCAUUUUCAUAAUGGCUAUUGCUAUUGUCCUGAUCAUCAUGUUUUACAUUGUGAAAACUAAAACUUCAGCUCAAGCUUGCUGCACCAGCCAUUCCGUGAAGACUGUAGAAGCCCAGGCCAAUAUGCAGGAAGAAAAAAAAGAAGUACAAGAGAAUGUGGUGAUUUUUUCAGAGAAAGAUGAGUUUGGAAAAUUGACAGCCGCUCCAGCUAAGGUUGUCAAGAGUGAAAAUGAUGCUUCUUCAGAGAACGAGAGACUUUUAAGCCGGAGCAUGGAUAGUGACGAAGAAGCUGCUAUUGACAAGCAAGGGACUCCAGAGCUGUGCUUGCUGUCUCUAGUACAUUUAGCUAGAGAUAAAUCUUCCACAAACAACAAAUCCACUGGCAUACAAAGCCGGAGGAAAAAGAUACUUGAUCUGUAUGCUAAUGUAUGCAGCAUUGCAGAAGGGCUCAGUCCCACAGAGCUGCCGUUUGAUUGUCUGGAGAAGACCAGCCGGAUGCUCAGCUCUACGUACAACACAGAGAAAGCAAUUGUGAAGACUUGGCGUCACCUCGCUGAGAGCUUUGGACUGAAGCGCGAUGAAAUAGGUGGCAUGACAGAUGGCAUGCAGCUCUUUGACCGCAUCAGUACAGCAGGCUACAGUAUUCCAGAACUGCUAACGAAACUAGUACAGAUUGAGCGAUUAGAUGCCGUGGAGUCUCUCUGUACAGAUAUCUUGGAGUGGGCACAAGUGAUGCCCAAGCCUGACCCGGUGGUGGCCUCAUGACAUGUGCUUUUGUUUUCUUCAUAUUUAUGAGGAUUAUGGAUUCCAAGAGCAAUGGGACUCAGUAUGGGACAGGAUCUUGAAAGCUCAGGCAGCCUUCAGAUUUCCGUAGUGUUGUCUGUUGUUCCAAGCAUAAAACGAGCCAAAGUUUAUUACUGGUUUCUCACAAACAAACACAAGGAGCUCAACCUGAAGACUUCUUGAAUGAGAAUGACUUGGCCUGAUAAAAGAUAUUACUGUUCAUUUCAGACUCCUUUUACAAGCAUUGAUACAGAUCAGCCUGCCAGUAUCACUGUGUGCUUUGAAGAAAUCUGAUAUAAUUGCUAUGGCUUAAUUUCGUUUCAGUCCUCAGCAAUUAGUAACUGUCAUAAGAUACAGUGUUGUCAGAUAACAGAUAAGUUGACUGCUAGCUCUGUUACAUCUAGCAUUCAACCAAAUAUCAGUUUCCUCUCAUUUAAUGUAAGGAUUAACCAAACAAAACCAUAUCUGUGUUUAUCUGGAUAGAGCAGCUGUAUUGUGCGGUAGGAGCAUGUUGCGUCCCCUUUAGUAACGGGAAUAACACAGCCAGACACAGAUUUAUGGGUGAAGUAGGGCCACAACUUUAUUGAUAAGAGCAAGUAAAGCGGGGUUGGCAUGGCAGUAGGGCAAGGAUCCGCUUCAUUCCGGCAGCCCAUGCUGGAGGAAUGCUGAAUCAACCAACAAGCAGUUGGGAACUACCCUUGGGAGUUGGCUUGCUUUAGACCCAGGUGGGAUGUGAACCCAAGGCACCUGUGGUCCCGCUGGCCAACUAGUGGGAUGGGUUAUGAGCUGGAUGAGGCAGCACCCCUCCUGAGCUAGGGGCGUGGCCAUCGUAUACCCCCACUCAACUCCUUAUGGGAGUCCCCCUUAUGAUUGAUCCUGCCCAAUGCCAUUUCUGCCUAAAGUUGUGACAGAAGUGAGUGAACGCCUAACAAUUGCUCAGUGAACCACUGAGGGAUAGGCGAAAAAAUCUGCUCAACCAUGGGGCCAGAUUCAUUGAGAGGAAAAAUUCCUAUCCAGCCCUGUCAACCAGCAGCCCAGAUAAACACAGCUCAGUGACGCCCUAAGACCGAGGGAGGGUUGGUGGGAAAACCGGCACACGAAGAAAGAGGCCGGCUGUCAGGAGACUGGAGCCUUUAAAGGCCCGGGUCUGGCUCUACCCCUUGGCUGCUCUCGCGAGACUGCCCAGGAUUGUGGGUGAUCUCACGAGAGCCAGGUCAUAGAUGGAACGGUUGUAACUCCUCCCUCCCCUCACUGCCUGGGGCGCGCUCCACCCCACAAUUAGCACCCCAUGCGGAGGCUCGAGCGUUGCAAGAAGUACCCCAGUAGUCCAAUUUCUUCAUAAUUUCAGCAUAUGUUAAAGUCUUGGUGCAUGUGGUCCACACAGAUAUUUCAGAAAUAUUGUCACAUAUACACAUGGAAAUAUGUGCUAAUUAUAAAGUUGGCAGAAUUUAUUUAUGAAUAUGCUCCUAUAUUAAGUACGAACAUUAUUUUGACCAUUUCUUAUGCUUCAGAAGGGGAAAACAUCUAAGCAUAGAAGAAUGUGGGAACCUUUACUCACUCUUCAACUAGAUCACCGCUGAGAUAGGAAAUAAGAAUGCCUCAAUCAAUACUGUUCACUAAUUUGUUCAGGUCAACUUUAAAUAUAAUAGAAUUAACUGUCAUCUCAACUCUUUCAUUGAAAGUAUAUUAAAACAUUACUACUCUAUUGGCUACAACUGACUAUUAAGGCUGUAGGUAAUCAGAAAACCAACAGGGAUGCACAAGCAGUUCUGAAAGACGACAGUCUGGUUCAUUUUCGUGGUUUGUCAUUACUAGAAUGAGUCUGCAGGGCCUCGUUGCUCCUGCCACCCCCUACCCUGGGGUAUGAAGAUAUAAAUCUCCUAGUUUUGAAUAAGCAAAAUAAGCAAAACAGUUCCCUCCUGUUUCUGAACUCUGUGACUUAUUGUUUGUUCUAAUUUUGAUUAGUUACAAACCAGAAUGUCAAACUGUGGUUUGGUGCUGGUCAGCUUUAACUACCCACAGUUAGAACAAACCUGUGUACCUGUCAGUUCAGACAUGAUCUCUUCAUGCAAUUGAAGAAGCGAGGAGAAAGAGGGAAUAGGCAGCAUACAAGCCCAAGGCUCUUGCUGGCUUGUUCACAUAAUGAUAAAUCAUUUUUUGUCAUUACAUCUGAAGUGAGUCAACUUGUACACCAUUACCAGUCUUCCAUAGUUUGUGUGAACAUGUAGGGAAGUUUUGGACGUGUAUUUGAGUGUGUUUUUGGUUGCUAUGGGGUGAUGGUGAGACCCAACAGUCUGACCAGUGUCCAAUGUGAACUAAACAUGCACUGGAGAAAAGAAUCAUCAGGGAUUCUAUUGCAGAUGUCAGAUGUUUCUCAGCAGGUUUCAGCAUGGAAAGUUUUCCCUGUAGGUAAAAAAUUGGAAUACCGUUGUAUUAAGGUGGUGCUUAAAUAAUUACUUACGCAGGUUAGGGUUAGUGGUCUUUCUAGUUAAAAUGACCCCAUUCAGUGUAAUGAACAUUAAAAGUAAGCAAAAUACUGCUUUUUCUCCUUUAAAAAAAGGGAACAAGACGUUUCUGAACACCAAAACAUUUUUUAAAAUGAUUUUAGGAAAUGGCUAUGGCAACUACAUAAUGUUGCUGGCAGAUGGUUUGGCCUAGGGCUUAGGAGAAGCCUGUCUCCUCUCACCCUUCAUCAGAGCUUGAGUAACUUGCACUUGGAACACAUUGGGGGACUUCUAAAGUUGUGUGUGUGUUGGCUGAGGGGUAGAGAGAGAGAGAACAGGUUCUACUGAGCUUUAUGCCAAGCCCUCCCUUUGUGGGCAUUGUGCCCUUAAUAGGCUGGAUUGUGCUCUUGAUUUCUAAAUGGUUAGAAAGCAAGGGCAAAAAGUCCUUAUUUUUCUUGGCAGGAGGGUCUUUGUGAACUCAUAAUUACAGAGUCCAGGAGCCAGGGGUAGUUUAAUUAGCAAGUGUGUUAAUUUACUGUUGAGAUCUUCACAAAGUGCUAUGUUGACAGAUUUCAGUAAGUUAUUAUUAUUAAAAGAAACACCAGGACUUAAAAAGCAAUAUAUAUAUAUUUAAUUACAAGGUUGCAUGGCUGAGCAAAAGUGAUAUAAACCUAUAACUCAUAUUCUUGAAAAUAAUAACCAGCCUACAACCUGCCUCCUCAGCUACAAAGAAAUGGCCGUGGAAAGGCUCUACUCUAAUGGGGCCAAUGUGAUGAAUAUUUAAUAUUGCCAUUUUGUUUUUCUACAUGUGGUGCGCACUUGGUUAGCCUUGAGCUCUGGAAGUCUCACUAUAUUUUACUAUCUCUGAAAUGUCCUUUCCUGUCUGAAUAACAAUGAAGAGUAACUUGCGUAAUUAAUCUACAAACAUGUAAUUUGAUUACAGUUCAUUCCCCCCCCAGCAACUUGCUGUAUCCUUUAAAAAUACUUUCCCAUAUAUAAAGAGGACAGCCCCCAGACUAGCACCUAGGAUCAAUAACGCUGAAAACUGCAUCAUGAUCCAUGCAUAGUUUUAGCUUUCCAUUGUGAAGCUCAGAAUAAUCUUGAGCACCGCAGUGAGUACAGCUCCUUCUGACCAGUUUUUGUAAAGGUUGGAGCUCUUAUACAAACUUUGGAUUGCAGAAGCCCUGGUUUAGAGAUAUUUGUCUGUGGAGAAAGGUCAAACACUCAUAGUAGCUCCACUCAAGGAUCCACUCUCUUAUUCUGAUGUUAUAUUUAUUCAGAGGAAAAAGACAGCACUGAUCAGUGGUAGAGACAUGCACAUUUGUGGGUGUUGGAUUUGAAUCCUCACACGUGUCCUGUGCCAUUGAUUAGGGAAAUUGUCUACUUGCAGAAUAUAACUGUGGGCUAUUUAUAACAAAUUUUGCAGCCAAUUCAGGUUCUCUUUCCCAGCUCUCUACUUACCCAUACACAUUCUCUCUCUCCCCCACCUCAUUUCCUAUUUACAGUAUUAUUCAAAAACUGAAAAGGUAGUUUGCUUUGGUUACAGUUCCAGCUACUUUACAAAUAAAGGUAGAGUAACCAUUUUGUUUGUCAAGCCUUUGGGAACAACAGGGCUUUGGACAGUACCAAGGUGAACAUGGGACUAUUAAAUGUUAUUUCAUUUAUCAUGUCACACAAAAAACAAGCAAAAAUAAAAGCAAAUACUGGCUCUGCACUUCUGCCAAAAUGUUUCUAUUGUAACAAUUUUGUGUAAGUCUGUAUAUAUAACUUAUUAUUGUUGUACAUUAUGAAAUAAAUAAAUCCACUAAUAAGAUAAAGCAAUACAACAUGCCUGCUGAUAAUUUUCAGGGUUUAUCCACACAGCGAUUUACUGUGUAUCUGGUGCUACUUGCAUCCGCUUUUAAUUCGCAUGGUUCACAUGACAUUGCAGGCAAGCAGAAGCUAUCAUGCAGUUUCCCCCUUUAAAUCCAUAUUAAUCCAAUCCUGAUAUAAUUGGGA